AUGUACUUCCUCGACCUGACCGUUGUCGAGAUCCAGGACCUGCCCUACAAGCAGGAGUCCUUCUUCCGGAGCUCGUACCCGGAUUGCUACGUCAAGCUGUCGCUCGACAACAAGACCCAGCGCUUCACCACCAACAUCUGCCGGCACACCACCAGUCCCGCCUGGGAUGAGACCUUCCAAUUCCACCUCUCGGCCGAUCACACGGUCUCGCUGAAGGUGUGCACUCGGAGCUCCAUCGGACCGGAGCGGUGCAUCGGCUUUGCCAGCCUCAGCAUGCGGUACCUGUUGAACUUGCACGGCGACCCGCGCACCACGCCCGGCUGUGUCCCGGUCCAGCUCUCCCACCACCGGCCGGCCGGGGGCCCAGGCGCGCGACUGGGCGAAGAUACCCCCCGUGCCCGCUUCCUCCCGCACAACGCCACCACUUGA